AACUGGGUGCAGUUCUCUGGCCUGCGUUAUCCAGGAGCUCAGCCUUGGUCCCUCCUGGCCUGGGAAUCUACCAAUCUCCGCCAUGACUUCUUGGAAUCCAUCUUCUCGCUCUGGUGCCACCCCGGGGACAGGGAAACAAAGAUCCUAUGAUCAUAUGUGGUCUCAAAAAGUUAUCACGAUACAGACAGACAAAGAGAAAUGCCAUUGAGUUGUGUGUUAGGCCUUUUACUUCACUUGGCCAAUUAACUUCUAUAAUUGGUAAUUUUAUCUUCAUUAAUAGCUGCCAAUUAUUGGUUACUUGUUAGUCACUAUUGGCUGCCAGCUGUUGGUUAUUUAAUAACCACCAUUAGCUGUCAGAUUAUUUCAUAGUGACAGUGUGGAGAAAUGGAAAAUAAAAGUUUUGCUGAAAAAUGGAAAACUGACAAAAUCAGAAUCUUUUCAUGCAAAUUUCCAUUUUCAAAGAGCAGCCAAAUUUUAGUAUCUCUUGGGUUUCUGUCUUCACAUUUUUAGGUAGCUAUCAUUGUUUCUCAGGUUUCAAUCUUCAGUUUUCCGUCUUUGGUUUUCAGUUCUGGUUUAUCGUGUUUUGGUCCAGGCUUGUCAGUUAUGUGGCUCUAAUUAUCACUUUACAUAUCUACCAUAUCAGAUUUUGUUUUUCAUUUCAGGGCUGUUUGUUAUUGGUUUUCUGUUCUUGUGUAUUAAUUACAAGAUUUCACUGUAUGUUUUUUCAGCUUCACUUAUUAUGGUCUCUCUAUUGAUUAUCAGCUUUUCGUUUUCUUUAUAAAUUUAGGGUGUUUAAACAUUUUUUUUCAGUUCUGCUAUUCACUUAUUGCUCCUUUUCACUAUUGGUUUUCUGCCUUUGACUAUUCAUUUUCUAAUUUUGACUAGGUUUUGUGACCUUGAUCUGGUUUUCAUACUUCAAUUACUGGUUUUCUAUUUUGGCUAUUGGUUUUCUGAUUUCAAUUAGUACUUUUCUGGCGUUGAUUACUGAGGGCUUCUGCAUUCAGUAAUUGGUAUUCUGAUAUUGAUUCCUGGUUUUCUGUCUUUGACUUUUGGUUUUCUUGGCUUCUAUAUCUGGUUUUCUGACUUCCAUUUCUGGUUUAGACUCUUUGACUAUUGGUUUUCUUGACUUCAAAUGCUAUUUUUUAUUAUUGUUGAUUUUCAGACUCUGUUUCCCAAUAUCUUACUUUGAUUACUGGUUUUCUAGCUUUGAUGACUAUGAUUAGUGGUUUCCUGUUUUUGACCAUUGGUUUUCAGAUAUUAAUGAUUAGUUCAUUGAUUGAUUUCUUUCACUGCUUUUCUGGUUUCAGUAACUUGUUUUCUGAUUUCAAUGACUAGUUUUCUGCCUUUGAUUAUUUCUUUUCUGACUCUAGUUAUUGGUUUGCUGAGUUCCAUGACUGGCUUUCUGUGUCUUCAAUGACUGCUUUUCUAUAAUCAACAAUUGGCUUUUCUGGGUUUAGUUAUUGCUUUUAUAAUAACUAGUGAUUAGAAUAACUAAUAAUCUGUGAUUACUAGUGUUGAGUUAUCAGCAUUUGAAACUAUGUUUUUGUCUCAUUUCAUCAAUUUUCUCUCUUCAAUUAUUAGUUUUCACUUAACGUUGUUUGGGUUUUAUUUAGUUUCAAGACCUUUAUGUCACGGGUUUAUUUUGCACCACCUAUCUUGAUGGAUCACCUUGAGUCACCUGUGGGGGGAUCUUUUGUUCAAGAUGGAAAAAAAAUUCCUUGUCUCUCUCUCGCUGCAUCGCAGAUGUUCGUUCAUGUUGCGAAGGAGGUCGGAGAGACCUGCAGUCUGCCCCCAAUCCAGCGCCUGGACCUGUUGGUGCGAGAUUGGCAGCUCUCCGAAGCCUACGGCGCAGAAGAGGGACAGGAGUAUCUCAAAGACAUCACACAGGACCUGGCAGCCUUUUCUGAGCAGCCUCUGGUGUUGGGAGCCCUGAGGGCGAGAGGGACCCGGUGCUACCUACUGCCCCACCCAGGCACUGGGUUCAUCAAGAGCAGGGCAGGGACGCCAGGCGACAUGGACGAGGAUUUCCGGCAGUCCCUGUGUGAGUACGUCACCAGUGUGGUGCACUCAGCAGGGACACACGUCCGGAUGGACCGAGCCGGGCAGGUGCUGACAGGGGCUCAGCUGGCUGCCAGGAUCAAGGACGUCUCCCGAUACUUGAAGACCCAACGCUAUGACUUCUCCUCCCCCCUGAAGAUGGCUGAAGCAUUUGCAGCGAUGAGAAAGGAGAAAAACAGCAAAGCAGUAGAAGCCGCCAGGAGAGAAUAUGAACAAUUUGUGCAGGAGCUGGACCGUGGCCACCAGAGUAUAAACUGCUGCCUGAGGGUGAAGCCUGAGGAGAUGAAGAGACGGCUGGAGGGGAAACGCAGGGAGCUGCUGAAGCAUUGCCAGGGGCAGCUGUGGGGCGAGGACACCCAGAAACAGGCUGCCCUGAAGGUGCUGGAGCAGGGGCUGGCCAGGAAGACGUCCAAGUUCCUAACGGCCUACGGACAGUGCUUUAAAGAGAAGGCUGUGCGGUUGGGCCUGUACAUUGGAGGGAGUGUCCUGGCUGUGGUGGGUGCGGGUGUUGUGGCGGGCAUCAGCCCAAGUUUGGUGGUCAAGGUCGGAGCGGGGGGCCUUGUCCUGAUCAGGAGGCUGGUGGGAAGAUGGGUGUGGGGCUAAUUUGGUUUUAGAAUACAACAGGCACCAACGCCCCAGGGCAGGGGGAUGAGGGGCAGGGUAUUCAGAUCAGGAGCCCCUGCUGCGGGGUGACAGAUAGUGGGGAAGAACCAUCACACCCCACCCCGUGCAAGUCUCUGUCCCAGCCCUCAGCACUGGGAACCUCUGUAUGCAAAGGAUGGGGAUAGAUAGAUA